AUGGCUCUAGCUCGUUUAACUUUGAGAAACCUUCAACAAAAGUUGUCUCCUACUUUGAUGAAUCAAUCUUGUGAAAGGAGUUUGGUCGGAAACCGACAUAACAAGAGGAAUUUGAACAGACUCAUGGCUACUUCUACUGGUGAACAAGAGGAAAAGAAGAACACAGAAGUGAGUGUCUCUGAGAAGAAAUCUCCUCGUCGGAUUUUUCCCCGGAGACGUGGCCGGAAAAGUCUCUGGCGUAACACCGACGAUCAUGACUACUUCGCUCCUGCACUAAAUGAUUUCUUUCCUCCAAGUCUAGGAAACGCUUUGAUGCAAGCAACAGAGAACAUAAACAAGAUUUUCGACAACUUCAACAUCAGACCAUAUCAACUUAUGGGUCAAGUUAAGGAGCAAGAAGACUGUUACAAACUUAGGUACGAGGUUCCAGGGUUAACAAAAGAUGACGUGAAGAUCACGGUAGAUAAUGGAAUCUUGAUGAUCAAAGGAGAACACAAGACAGAGGAAGAAGAAGGAUCACCUGAAGAAGAUGAGUAUUGGUCUUCAAAGAGUUAUGGUUACUACAACACGAGCUUGUCGUUGCCUGAUGAUGCUAAGGUCGAGGACAUUAAGGCAGAGAUUAAGAAUGGUGUGCUUAAUGUUGCGAUUCCUAGAACUGAGAAGCCAAAGAAAGAUGUUCAGGAGAUCUCUGUUGAGUAG